UGAAAGAUUUUUAUUAUCAUAUGUAUGCAGAAUUCAAAAUGAAAAACUAUGUCAUUCCUUUUGUAGCAGAUACUUUAUUCAAUAUCCAGCUUUCCCAUAGCUACAAAGCUACACCUUCCAUUGGACUGCAAUGCGAUAAUAAAAGAUUCUCUAAAUAUUUACAAUUGAGUAAAGCAGCAUCAGCAUCAGCAUCAUAUUUGCUCUAUUCUUUUUAAUAGGUUUACGUGUUUAACUUAUUAUAUACAAUUUUAGAUCAUAUAUUGUGCCGAACAACUGUUUAUUUAAAUAGUUCUGAAAAAAUAAUUUGUAUUUUACUAUAUCCAUUCAUUUUAAAAUAUAGAUAAACUAAUUUUCUUUUUUCGUCUACAACCCGUCAUCGUUGUUCAGCAGCCUCGGUUCGGUUGGAUUCGGUUCUUUUCUGUCUUAUUACUACAGUAGGCCGUUAGUUUUUCCCCAGCCUCAGGCGUUCUCUGUCAGCUCUCAGCCUGGUGCUCUUUGGGGUUAAAAUGUAAGAAACGGGAACGGUUUUUGCAUUUUAAAUAUUUCUUUAACGUAUUUUAAAGAAAAAGUGAAAAAAUUGUUAAAAAAAACGAGGUUAACUUAAAAAACAAAAUAUAAGAAAACAUUUUUCAUCUGGAAAGUUUAAAGGCAAACAAGCAAUCACACCACAUACUAACCAAUGUCAAUUCCUCAAAGAAUUUACAAAUUUCGAAACAGGGGUAUUAAUGGCAAGCCCAUAAGUGUUAUCAUGGUAUUAAAUUUAAUAAUUGAAUACAAUAAAAUUGUCAGCAGUAGAAGCAAUUAUUAAACGUAUUUCAAGAUAGUUGUGUAAGAUAAAGUAGUGGUAUAUCAUAAAAUGCAACAGACUGAAAAACAACAACAGCAACAACAACAACAACAGCAGCAGCAACAAGGUGGCAUUAGUAAUAUUGGCGUGGAGGGAGAUCCUAGUACACCUAAUAUUCAGCAUGGCUCACAUGUUCAAAUGUCAAACAAGCGUCCACAAAUAAGUGGUGGUCGUUUCGAUUUUGAAGAUGGUGGAACCUAUUGUGGUGGUUGGGAUGAAGGCAAAGCGCACGGUCAUGGUGUAUGUACCGGUCCAAAACAUCAAGGCGCUUAUGCGGGAGCAUGGAAUUAUGGUUUUGAAGUGUCCGGAGCAUACAUUUGGCCAAGUGGGUCUCAUUACGAAGGCCAGUGGCAAAAUGGCAGACGUCAUGGGUUAGGAGUUGAACAAAUUGGUCGCCAAAUUUAUCGAGGUGAAUGGUCAAAGGAUGGCCAUAAAGGUAGAUAUGGCGUACGUGAAAGUACUGUAUCUACGGCAAAAUACGAGGGUACGUGGAAUCUUGGAUAUCAGGAUGGGUACGGUUGUGAAACAUAUGCCGACGGAGGAAAAUACCAAGGUCAAUGGCAAGAAGGAAAACGUCAUGGCUAUGGAAUAAGAACGUCAGCUCCUUUCGGGUUAGCUUCACAUCAUCGUCGAAAAAACAUGCAUGCAUCGUUGAGUUCAUUGCGAAGUAAUGAAAUUGGAGAUGCUGAGAAACGUAACAAUAAAAUCGAAGAAGUGCGUGGAGGCUUUGUACUAACCGCGAAAUCUGAUAAGUUGCCAGUGAGGCGCAAUAGCUUAAAUGAGCGCACUAAAAAAGGAUUUCUAUCUGGCCUUAAAAUGCGUAAACAACGAAGUACUGGUGACUUAGAGAAGCGGGGCACAUUGGGAUCUGGCAGUAUACGCUCAACAAUGUCAACGGCAUCAUGGUUAAGCACGGGCUCCGAACAAUCCAACUUAACAGCAAAGUCUACUCAUACAGAAUCUAAUGCAAGUUUCACAAUGGAAGAUGAACAAUUAGAUCCUACCGUAGUAGAAACAUAUAUGGGCGAAUGGAAAAAAGAUAAGCGUUGCGGUUAUGGUGUAGCUGAACGAAGUGAUGGUUUAAAGUAUGAAGGUGAGUGGCUCAAUAACAAAAAGCAUGGUUAUGGUGUAACUGCUUUUCGGGACGGCACUUUCGAGGAGGGAAAGUAUAAAAAUAAUAUUUUAAUUACAAGCCAAAAGAAAAAGCAUUUGUUCCUUGCGCGAUCACGAAAAUUUCGUGAACGCAUAACAGCCUCGGUAAACUCUGCACAGCGUGCAUUGAAAAUGGCAAUGCAACGAUCAGAUAUUGCAAUUUCGCGUACUGCCACAGCAGCAUCUAAAGCUCAAAAUGCAGAUAGUGCUGCUGAUCAAGCUAAAAUGGACUGUGAAGUAGCUGUGCAAAUGGCACGUGAAUUUGCACCCGAUUUUAAACCCUCAGUUUUAGAACGUUUUGAAAAAUUAAAAUACAGGGAACGAUAUAAGCCAAUACCUGCGAAUAGUAAUGUUACCGGAAACGCUAGUUCCCAAAUGGAUGCGCUAUCAAGCACUGCAUAUCGCCAACAGCAACAAGCUUACAACUUUCAAAAAAAUCGACGGCAGUCUCAUUCGAUAAAUCAAGAUGCAGAAUUCCCAAUUCCUAGCUCAAUGUACUCUCAACAACUGCCAAUAACGCCACAAACAGACUUAUCAUCAAUAGUUAAUCAAACAGGACAGAAUAGUAUAAAUUUAAUUUCUCAAGCUUACCAUCACCAGGAACACCAAAAAAAUCAUGUUAAUCCAAUGCAUCAAUACCAGGAGCCUCAGCUCUCAAUGAAUAGUUAUGGUGUGACUGGUGCAAUUGAGAAAGAAUUAGCAUCUGCGAGAUUAAAUCCCAAUAUAACACUUAAAACGCAAAACAAAAAUAUCAGCCCUAAUAUUAAUCAAAUCCAAAACGACUAUUUAAACUUUACCCGUGCUGAAACUUCAGAUAUACGUACACCACAACAAUAUUUCAAAACAUCAGAACACGAUCAUUAUCCUCAACAAUCUGUAAACUCAUCACCUAAAACGAUCCCAAAUCACAACAGACGAUCAUCGCAACAAUCAAUUGAUGCCAAUCGAGUUAAAGCUCCACCAUUAGGUCAAACUAAUCAACAAUCAUCAAUAGACUAUUUUGAUCAUUAUAAGCGUCCACCAAGUCGAGAUUCUUCAAUUGAUCGAUACGCGAGAGCUGCAAGUAGAUUAAGUGGAGGAUUCGGAUCACGACAAACAUCUGUAGAUCGCGGAAAUACCGCUGCAGGGCCAAAUGAUGCAGUUGGAGCAUCACCUGAUAUAAAACAACGAUCCGGAUCUAUAUUACGUGGUGGAACUCCUGUACCAGCACAAAUUAUCACAAAUGGAAAUGGCGUACUCUCUAGUCGUCAUUCUCGAGCUGGUACACCCAAUUUACAACAUCAUGGUAUAAAUGCGGUACCAGAAGCUUCAUUUUCUAAUUCAAAUCAACCCUUCGAAGAUGUACUCCUGCGUCAACGAACACUUGGUCAAGAUAUCAUACCAUCACCUUUCCAGCCUAAACGCACAGAAAGUCUGUAUAUACCUGCGAAACCAGUUAAUGCACUUUCUGGGGCCAUGACCGCUGCAGGUGGAGCAAACAAUAAAAAACUAAAGAGUGUUCCUAUAAAUGUUAAUUUACAAAGAAAAAAGUCUUUGCCGGACUUCCAAGAGCUGCCGAAAUCAACUGAAGCAAUGAGUCGUGAGGAAGUUUCAGCUUUAGGCUCAGCACGACGAGAAGCGGUACGCCGUCAAAUCGAAGUUAACGAACGACUUAGAGCGAAUCCACUUUUAUAUUUAGUCAGUCCUCAAGUUAAGGAUUGGUUUUCGCGGCAGCAGCUAGUGCUUCUGGUACUGAUUGCUAAUGUAGUGUUAGCUGUACUUUUUUUUAAAAUGCUAACAUAGCGAAACUUGAAUAUGUGCAAAGUAUAUUGUUUGGACAAGUUAACAUAUUUAACUGUAAAUUAUAAAAAUACAAUUAAAAACUAGCAACCAUUUAAUAAUUCCUAAUGCGACAGGGGGUGCUGUUGUAAUAAAUUAAAAAAAAAAAAACUAAAAUUUACAUUAAUUCGUCUA